AUGGAUGACCACUCUCAAAUCACUUUUGGUCCAUUGACUGCAAAGUUUACUUCCCAACCAUACCCUCAGCAGGGAGGCGAACCUGCUAGUUCCCAACAGUUAGCCAACCACCUUGCUGCUCCCAGAAAAGAAGAUGACUGGGAAGGCGUAGAUGGAAAUGAACUGAUCUUUGCCUUAGAUGAUGAGGAAGAUGCGACUCCUGACUUACCCGACCACUUUUCUAUGUGUGAAGAUAUUGGGAAACAGGAUGAACAUCAGGAAGAGUCCACAUUCCACAUGCCAUCCCCUCUGCCGUCUCCUCCUGAACUGGAUUUCUUGCCCGCCCUCCCCACUUCCAGUUCACCCAGUUUAUCACCCCAAAGAUCAACCGGCCUUGUAAACCCUCAAGGCCCCAAGCCAUUAAUCAACUUAGUGAAAUCCCUCUCAACUGAAAUUGAGCCCCGGGACGCCUCUUCCCUCAAGCCCCAACCUUUGCUGAGCUUGGUCAAAUCCAUUUCAACUGAGAUUUCCCGCCUGGAGCCAGAGGUGACGCAGUCCAAGUCCGACUCCAAGCUCAAUGUCCAUCGAUGGCGGCAGAUCACCCAUCCCAAGGGCAAAAAUGGGGAUUCUAGGACGGCUCCCUCCUCCCCCAACAUUUCCCCCUCAGAGAGCAAAAGCAGCUUCUUCAAGGCUCAGGAAGCCAAAUUUGAGGACACGAAAAGGCGGUUUUCAGAGGCCAUGCAUGAACCCCUUAGCAGACUUAGCAAAAUCAUGGGGGAUGAGAAUAAUGUUUCACCAAAACACAGAUCAUCACUUUCUGGCAACCAGGCCCACGAUUCCCCUUCUAGCCACAGCAAGGAGACCAUUUUGGAAGACAAGGAGAGCCCCACCCAGGAGACCAAUCUGCAUGGGGCUGUUCCAGGACAGCCAUCUGGGAGGAGCCAAGUGGAGGACUAUUGCCCCAGUGAAGAGAAAUGGGGUCCCUCCUUGAACUGCCAGUACGAAAUCUGCUCCUAUGGAGAUGUCAUCCAAGUGGUGGAGGUUGCUGCAGACAAAAGCAGUGGCUCGGAGGAAGUGCGGAUGCUUCCACCUCUGGACAUCCUCCGCCCCACCAAGCCUUGUAGCAGAGUGCCAUGCAAAGCGCUUGUCUGCGUCGCCAUCUUGGCCUACCACUAUUUUGUGCUGCCGCUGCCUCCUUACAUCUCAGGCCUCUGCCUUGGCUUGGCAUGUGGGUUCAUGCUGGGCUUCCUCAUUAUUCUUCUGAUGAUGCCAAAGCGUUCCUUGUCUCCACGGAAAAGGCAGACAUCUCUAGACCAGCUGCCAUCAGAGACGCUGAAUCAGCAGCCCCAGGAACCCAACAUUCUUAAGGUAGGAGAUAGGGGUGUUGGAAGUUGGCCAUUGGUCCCAUAUAGACUCGUAAUGUCUACACUGACAGGCAGUGGUUUUCCAGUCUUUUAGCCGGGGAACUCUCAGUCCUAUUUGGGGAUCGAACCCGGGACCAUCUGCAUGCAAAGUACAUUCUCUGCCCCUGAGCUACAGCCCAUCCCCAACAAAUUGCCCAGUGGAACCAAUCUGAGGUAGAAUGCUGAAACAGAAACCCUGUCACUGGCAUUUGUUUCCAGACAUCUCAACUGAUAUUUUUAAAAAUUUUAUGAAAUUAUACAUAGCUAGCUGUACUGGGUAGGGCAGGUUGACAUUUUGACAACAACCUAAGAUUCUGACAUUUGCACAAGAAACUAUAGUAACCAGAAUAACCCAGAGCUUAUGAAAAAGUAAAAGAAAUGAAAAUCUCUGGGGUGCCAUUUUCCCCCCUGACCAAUUGCCCAUCCAGUUGGUUGAAAGGUUUCAUAUAAUGUUUAAAAAAAUUUUUUGUUUUUUUAUGAAUUAGUUUUUGUACCACCCUAAGAACUUUGGGGUUGAAGAGCAGGUUAUGGAAUGAAUCAAUCAAUCAGUCAGUCAGUCAGUCAGUUCUAGGCCAGACAUUGCCCAUUCUUAACAAGGAUCCCUUGGUGGUGGGGUUGGCCAAGAUCCCUCAGUGAAGGGGCAGCCAUUCUCUACAGUUGCCCCAGCAUUAAUUCAUAGAUUUAUUUAUUACAUUUAUAACCUUUCUUUCCUGUAAUAAUCUCAAGCUGCUGUUCAGUGUUCUUCCCCAUUCCAUUUUAUCCUCACAACAGCCCUGUGAGGGAGGUUAGGCUGAGAGACCGUAGUUUGCCCAAGGUGACCCAGGGAGAUUCAUACGGCUGAGUGGGGAUUUGAACCCUGCUCUCCUAGAUCCUAGCCCAACCUGCAUAGCCAGUAUGUCAGGUAGAGAUAGGCCAGGGAAUUCAUUUAGGUUUGCAUUUAAAGGCAAGCCAACUUAAUUUGUACUUUCCCAAGCAAACCAAAACACAGCCACCCUUUGAAAUUUGCACCCCUCUGAAUUAGACUGCACUCUAAUAAUGUGUGCAAAAAUGCAUAUUCUAGGGUAAGGUGUCCAUAACAUUUUUAGUGAAGAAAUACAUAAAAUAUUAGGGAAAUUUAGUUGCAACAAUGUUAUAUUAGGAGAAUUUUCAUGAGGACUUAAAAUCCUGUAUAUAUUUUUUCUUCAUGAAAUGAUAGGGGUGGGGAUGAAAUAUAGAGUUGUAUGUAGUGCUCAGAACAGAUCUAUUGAAAUUAAUAAAUUAGUGAUUUCCAAUAACUUCAAUGGGUUGACCCUGAGUAGGAUCAGUCCUAGAGUACAACAACCCUGACAGGUUUGUCCAUCUUUAACGUCAGGACAAUGAAGGGAAAAGAAGUCAACUGUUCUCUUUCCUCCACCCCACACCUCCAUUGCUGCUCCCACUGAUUAGGUUAUCUGAGGGGAGCGGAUUGGCAUUUGUGGAGGGCAUCAGAAAAAAUGGGUGGGUGGAUUUCGUCAAGGUUCAUAUUGGCUCUGAUUAAAAUCCCCAGGUAAUUCGGAUAAUUUCUAUGUUAGCCUGACACCAGCUUGGGAGAGUAUACCCAUCUUUAGCUUCAAGGAGGUGUCGGCCUACUUAAGGCACGAAUAAUGGUUGCCAAGCAACAAAGGCGGAGGCUUUCAUCUCCCAUCCUGUUGCUGCACAGUCUCCAUCAGAGGCAAUGAGGAGGAAAGUUAAGGAGUUGCUUUAAGUUGUUUAUAAUAUUCUGUUUUAGUGCCGUAACCUGACUUGGGACCUUAGGGUGAAGGGUUGGUAGUAAAAAAACAACCCCAAUGUUCCCAUGCUCCUCUCUCAACAUGGAUUUGUUCAACACUGAAACAGUUCUCUCACACACACCACUAGGAGAGAUAAUCCUUCCACUGAGAAGCAAAACUAGGACUAUCCCCUUUAAUAAAUUAGAUUAAUUGAUUAGAAACCUUUUUAAUCAGCUAAAAAGGCACCCUCGAUUAAUCCAGCAACACAUUAUUAUUAUCAUUUUUUUUAUUUUGCUGUUAAGGCUGUUACAUAUUUAUUUAUAUUAUUAUGCCUUAUUAUUAAAGUUAUUUAUUCAUUUCUUGUUAUUUGUAUGUUGCUUUUCCAAAGGUAGCUCACAACACAACAGUAUUGUUAUUAAUAAUCAUUUUAAAAAUGCAAAUCAAUGCAUUCUUAGAAAGACAGUCUAAAGGCUAAGGGUUGUCUGCAACUCACUGAUUAUUCAGGGUAGACCUAUGAAAAUUAGUGAAGUUUGUCAUAUCCAUUAAUCUCAGUGGGUCUUUUCUGAGUAGGACAAACACUGGAUACGGCCCUCAUUCCUUUCAAAACAGCAUCUUAAGAGAGAUAUUCUUUACUCCCUUCACUUUCAUACAGGUGAGAAUGCCUCUUUUUAAGAUGGUGUCUUCAGGGAUAUAGGAAACCUUCCUGGGGUUUUUUCCUGUUUAGACCAGUAUUGUCUACAGUAGGAAUGGGAAACCUUUUUCAGCCCAAGGGCCACAUUCCAUCAGGGGGCCGUACACUGGUAGUGGGCAGAACUAGAGGCAAAAGUGGGUGGAGCAAUGGCUGUAACUCCGAUACCUUUGUACAGUAUAGGAGGCUGCAUUCCAUCCAGGAAAAAAGUACUUGAGGCUUUGGAUGCAGGGCCAGUGAGGAGCCUGCCCUGGGGAGGGUCCCACACGCCAGACAGAAAUGGCUGAGCGUUCCCCAUUUCAGUGGCCCUCCAGGAUCUCAGGGCAUUUGCAUCACCUGUCACCUGCUCCUUUCUUUAUCUAGAAAUGCCAAGGUUUGAUCCCAGGACCUCGUUCUGUAUUCAAAAUAUUUUCUGUUAAGUUGUGAGACUUCCCCUGUAUGCACACACUGUCUAUAGCCAAAAGAAGUACGAUUCCCAACCCCAUUCCAAAACUAUUUUAGUCAGAUGCAAGCACAUUCAUUUAGACUUAACAUAUACAUUUUUUAAAAAUUGCUUAAAAGCCAUCCUGGUGAGUAAGUAGUAGUUGUUGCUGCUGCUCAUUAUUAUUAGUAGUAGUGGUACUUUUAUCUAUGGGGUGUUAUUGGGUUGCUGUUUUUAUUCUGAUUAUAUAUGUUUCCUUUUCUGUGAACUGCCCUGAGACCUCCGGGUAUAGGGCGGUAUAUAAACUCAAUAAUAAUAAUAAUAAUAAUAAUAAUAAUCUAAUUACUACAAUUGCUGCAACAAUUUUAAGAAGGCAGCCCUAAGAAAAAAAACACACAAUUUUAUACCAGGAGUUUCCAAUGUGGUGCCCUCCAGCCCCAGCCAGCAAGACCAAUCAUCAGGUGUGAUGGGAGGUGGAGUCCAUCUAAAAACAUCUGGAGGGCCUCAUGUUUGCUACCUCUGUUUUAUACUGUGUGGACUGGCUACCUCCCCCACUCUAAACAGAGUUGUUUCUUUCCAGGGGUGGAUGAAUGAAAUGUAUUUCUACGAUCCAGAGAUCUACCACCCAUCGCUUACCCACUCUGUGUUCGUGACCUUGGAAGACACCAGCAUGACGCUCUCCUACCCCAAGAGCAACAUCCCCCGGCGAGCCACCUUUGAGGAAGAGGACUUCAAGGUGACUUUGGUUAGUCACCGCCAUUAUGAAAUGAUUGGCGCAAAGGUGAGACACAGAUGGGCAAGGAGCUACGGGGGCGGGGGCUCGCUGACAAUAGUGGGCUAGCAAACAGCAAGGGGUGGAAGGAAGACUAGGAGCAGGUGCUUGGUUACCUGUUGAGUAGCAUGCCGUUUGCAUUUCAUACAAACAAGGCAAAGGCCAAAGUAGGAAACAUGAAGAGGAGCCUGCUGGAUCAGGCCAAUGGCCCAACUAGGUCAGCAUCUUGUUCUGACAGUCGCCAAGCAGAUGCCUGUGGGAAACAGGCAAGCAGGACCUGAGCACAAGAGCUCUUCUCCCUUCCUGUGGUUUCCAGCAACUGGCAUUCAGAUUUGCACCAGCACUGCCAGGCUAUUCAUGCCAGUUGUUAGCUUCAUGAUAACUGUAAAUUUUACCGGUGCAUUUGAUUGAUGUUUCAUUAUUUAUUGUUAUAUUGUUGUUGGUUGUGAACCGCUUGGGUACUCUCUGGAGUAAAAGGCAAAAAGAAAUAAUAAUGUGUAUUUUUUUUAAUAAAAAAUUUUUUUUAUUAGUUUUCAGUUACAAUAAUCCAAGAAAAGCCUCAUUAUAACAAUAAUCCCAUUAAUAAUGCCAGUCAUUCAAAAGCCAAAUUAUACAAUUUAGGUGCCCCCCCCUGCAUGCUAGAAUGAUGGUUUGAUGAUUUACUAUAUUCCUGCAGUCCAAAAUCUUAUAAAUUUCCAUUACACUCCAGUCAGAAUAACAAACCCUUAUACCGUAACUGCAGUUUUAAUGACUUCCAUUCGCAUUAACACAUUAAAUGAUUUAUAGUCCUACAGGCGAAGCAUUCAAACUCUCUCUUUGUUCUUGUGUGUGGCAGUUAUUCUGUCCAUGAUGUUUCUUCCUGUCCUUGUAGUAUAUUAUGUCUAUCUUUUGUCAGUCGUUGCUGUUUUUCAUAAUGCCUUGAGCGGAGCUAGUGUUCCAUUGUUGUUUCAAAAGUUCUCCAUGAAAUAAUAUUAUGAAUAAAGUCAUAGUCAUCAAAUUGUAGAGUUGGAAGAGUCCCAAAGGGUCAUCUAGUUCAACUGUCUGCAAUGCAGGAAUAUAAAAACAGUUGAUCCCGUAGCCUAGGACAUUGGGAGCCAGUGUCAUGCCUUCCAAAUCCUACACAGCUCCCCCCACUCAUGAACAUAGGUUGUGUUGGCUGGGGCUGAUGGGAAUUUUAGUCCAGAACAUUCGGAGGGCACUGUAUUGGCUACCUCUGCCUGAAGCGAUAUCUUUGCAGCUUGGUACUACUGCAGCAUAUACUGAACAAUUGCUAGUAUGAUUUGCAGUCCCCUGGGAGUUUACACCUUCCCUUGGUGCUCUAGGUCUUCCUCUUCCCACCUGGGCUGGCUCGCAAGAGGAUGUGGAACAAGAAAUACCCCAUCUGCAUUCUCCUCCCAGAGCAAGACGACUCAAGUAGCAAAGGCUCUGGUGAGCAUGACUUGGAGCACUCAAGAGAGAAGGCUAUGAAGAGAAGGCUGUCUCCAGUCCAAGAGACCCCUCCAACGCAUCCAGCUGAGCCCCAGGAAAGGACUCUCUACCUCUUUGGCAGGACAGGGAGAGACAAGGAGGAAUGGUUCCAGCAUCUUGCAAGGGCCUCCCGGGCAGAAAGCUGUGAGCAGCGUAACGCCGUCACAAGUGAGCUCCAACAUACCCUCCAACAUUUCUCUGAUGAAAAUAAGGAUGUCCUGAGGAAAAGUGGGGCAUUCUGAGAUCAAAUCAGAAACUGGGACAGCUUCUGUAAACCUGGGACUGUCCCUGGGAAAUAGAGACACUUGGAGGGUCUGCUCCAAUCACACACAAAAAUGUUCUUGGCACAAGCUUUUCUUUUCUCUCAUUUUAACUUGGGUGUUUUAGGGGGGAUACUCCUGAGAUGCUGUUCACAAAACCAGUGAGUCCUGCUAGCUGCGCCUGGGAAGAUGUUGCCUCAGCGAAAGCUUAGAGCAGGCAUCCCCAAACUCGGCCCUCCAGAUGUUUUGGGGCUACAGUUCCCAUCUUCCCUGACCACUGGUCCUGUUGGCUAGGGAUGAUGGGAGUUGUAGUCCCAAAACAUCUGGAGGGCGGAGUUUGGGGGUGCCUGGCUUAGAGUUAUCUGAGAAGGGCUUGCUGGGCUUGACCCUCCAGUGACUCCACCCCUCUGGAAAGGCUGAUUGUGGCAUUUAAAGGGCCUGUGGAAUAGUCAACGGUUCCUGCAAGGUGGUGGAGCAGGAGAGGCUGCUAGGAAAUCAUUUUCAGACAUUGUGGGAGAGUCAUGUCCUCAGGCUGGUGCAGUGUAGAAGGGCUAUUCCUCAGGUGGGGUGACUGGUGCAUCCUCCUCCAGCCAGCACUGGGUUCCUGAGGCAGGACACAUUACACCCUAGUCCCCAAAUCCUCAAUUUUUGCAUCACUUCCUUCUGCUUUUGCUAGCCAUGGGAAGGAGCAAACUGUAGUGCAAGCGCUAAAGCCGGGAGAGGAAGGAGAGUAUGAGCAAUGGAAAUGCUUCAGUGUCCCCUUUGGCAUUGGAAAUUGAUCAGAUAUCACCCACACGCUCAUAAGACUACCUUCUAAUUCAUAAGAACAAGACAUUUGCCAAGAAACAGAAGAUAAAGAUUUUCAGAAACCUGAGGCUAAAAUCAUGUUUCCUGCUUUAACCGAAGGCAGCAAGGCUCUAAUCUCCCCUUCUUUCUCUUGGCCAGGUUUAAACCAGCUCAGCCCAUCAGGAAAGGGGACAUGCAGCAGUGGCAGCAGCAGAGGCAGCACUGAUGACCUCCUUUCUCUCAUCAAGCCCAAGGACCUGGUUGUUAAUGUCCGGGAGAAGCUCCUUUUGGAUUACAACAUGUACAUGUCCCGAAUAGUCCCAACAGGGACAUGUUCCAGCCCACCCGAGAGCCCCUCCCACAGUACGGCAGGCAGCCCAACACCCAAAAAGGUGAGAAAACCACUGAGAUUACCAGGUAAUCCAGAAAGAGGGAAAUGCUUUCAAUAUCAUCCCUCAGGGGGGAGGAAGGCAAAGGGGUUAAACACUCCCUCCUGUUAGUCACUUGUCCCCCAAACUGCUUGCAUUGUUUAAAAAGAAAUAAAAGGAGGUCAUUGCACAUUUAUGUAUACUGUCUAGUUAGGCCCUUAAGUCCUCACCCUAAAUCAGGCUUCCUCAAACUUGGCCCUCCAGAUGUUUUGAGACUACAGUUCCCAUCAUCCCUGACCACUGGUCCUGCUAGCUAGGGAUCAUGGGAGUUGCAGGCCAAAAAUAUCUGGAGGGCUGAGUUUGAGGAAGCCUGCCCUAAAUCAAAGGUAAGCCUUAGCGCAUACAAUGGCUUUUGUUAAAUCAAGCAGAAUUUGAUGCCAAAUGCAGAUUACAAAUAUGCGGCAGAUCUUUGGCAAACCUUCAGUGACUCUCUAGUGAACACUCAACAAAAUUAACAGAGGAGGGAGAAUGUUUUGGAGACACACUCUGUUCAGCUUUUGGAGGAGGCCAAAGAGGAUAAACAACAUCAUUUACUUAUUUAUUUAGAAGUUCUAUAAACCACGUGAUCAAAGAGCUCAAAACAUAGCCAAAAUCCACAAAUUAAUUGAAAAGCAAAUAUGCAUGAAACCAUUGCUAUUAACACACAGAUAAUUUGGUAAGACUUUUGAAACAAAUAUAGGUAGCUGAAUUAUAUGGCUAGGUGGGCUUACAGAAACAUACCAUAUUUUUCGCUCUAUAACACGCACCCGACCAUAACACGCACGUAGUUUUUAGAGAAGGAAAAUCCAUAGGCAUGCCACCUCUAGGCAUUCCCUCCAUAACACGCACAGACAUUUCCCCAUACUUUCUAGGAGGAAAAAAGUGAGUGUUAUGGUGCAAAAAAUACGGUAAAUGUUUUCAGCAGGCGUCUAAAACAAUACAGUGAAGGCACCUGCCCAAUCUCAAUCUAUUGUCAGAAAUGUUUUAGAGCAAUAACACAUGUUAUAGCACUUACAGGUGUUUAGAAUGUCUUGCUCUUGGAUGAUCCUAUACAGAAUUUAAGAAACAUUGCAGUACUGCGACUCCCUUUUUCCUUCUUUUCAGUUCUUUGGGGAUACGAAUGUCACGAGUGACACAAACACGGCUUGGGCCAAUGCGUUGCUUGGGAGAAUGUUUUGGGACUUCCUACGGGAAAAAUUUUGGGCAGACCUAGUUUCAAACAAGAUUCAGAAGAAACUAGGCAGAAUCAAGGUAAGGAAAUUGGCCCAUUUUCUCUUCGCCUCUGUUUCUGUGUCGAAAGCAGAUGCUUUACCACUGAGCUGUAGACCUUCCCUUUAGGAACCUAGGACUCUUUCUCAUACUGAAUGAGACCCAUCUAGCUCAGUAUUGCCUACACUGACUGGCAGCAGCUCUCCAAGUUUUCAAGAUGGGGUUUGCCCCAUAUACUGGCGUUUCACUGGAAAGUAGUUUUUUGUUUCUGCCUUUCUUUGACUUCCAUUCCUGCCAGAUUGUUGUUGUUUCUCCUUCCUCUCUUUUGGUCUAACUCAGUUGCCGUACUUCAUGAACGAGCUCACACUCACUGAACUGGACAUGGGGACUUCCAUCCCACAAAUCCUCAGCACGUCAAGCCCGACCAUCGAUCACCGAGGUGAGCUGUAGCAGCAUGCAGGGGGGGAACAGAUUUGCACUGCCUCCCCCUAGUGGUGGGGCUGUAUAUGUUUCCCCUCAAAGGAGUGUUUCCCCAAAUAUGAAUGACAAAAAGACAAAGUCACAGGAACAUAAUACCUGUUUCAAAUUUGUGAGAAAUCAAUCUUAGUGUGGCGGCAUCUACAUUCUGAAAUUCUCUGUCUAUUGACAUCAGGCAAGUGUCGUCGCAGUGCUCUUUUUGGCAUCAUCUAAAACCUUGCUUUGUUUACACAAGCCUACCCAGAUAUAAAGAAUAUUGAUGUAUGCUUUAAUCUGGUUUUAGGUGAUUGCCAAUUUUAUAUUGCUUUAAAGAGUUGUUUUUACUUCUUUUCUAACUGAUGAUUUUAUUGUUUUAUUCUCUUUGCAAACCGCUUUGAGGGUUUUCCUUUACAGUCAAGCAACGUAUAAAUGUUAUGGAAUAAAAAGAUUAAAUAAAUAAUCAGGAACCCAGAUGACAGUGAAUUUAAAUAUGUAAGCAACUAUGCAUGUAUAUGAGUAUAUGUGUGUAUGAAAUAUAUAGCCACUGUAUAUGAAAUAAUGAAGUUCUCCAAACAAUGCUUACGAUUGGGGGAGGGGGGAAUGAGAAACUGAGAGAAACCCACAUUGACAGAAGGACUCAUCCCUUCUCAACAGCCAUGCAGAUCUCCAUUUGGCAGUGACCACCUCUGUCCUCUUCUCCACUCUGCAGGGCUUUGGGUGGACAUGGAAGUGACUUACAGUGGAUCCCUGCAGAUGACCCUGGAAACGAAGAUGAACUUGUACAAACUAGGCAAAGAAGCCCUGGGAGAGGAGAGUGGAAAGGCAGAGGACGGCAGGGAAGGGUAAGGCCAGCCCACCAGCCCAGCACCAGUCCGAAGAGUGUUAGCUCCCCAUUCUCAACAAAUCUGGCCUUUAAUUACAAGAGCCUGGAAAAUCAUGAUAUGCUGUAAUAGCCUCUUAGGAAAAGUUCGGAUUAGACGACUCCACUAAUGGGGGCAAAGGAUCUAUUUACAGGCCUGGCGAGCCAAGCGAAGGUUACAUUUCAACCAGAUAAAAGCAGGCCAGGGGACGGCAGGAAUGAGAAGCAACUUGUGCUCUCUCUGAGAGAUUGUGCUGAACCAUCUGUUUGAUGGGAUCAUCAACCAUCUGUCCUCAUCUGCCACAACAGGAGGCAGGACAGCUGGAGAAUUAUUGGUUCUAGGAAAGAGUCCAUCGUUUAAUCAAAAUGGAGAUCUGAUUUUACAGGGUGGUGAGGACUGUUUGCUUAGGUUCUCUGGUAUGUAUUUGGCAUUAGUAACUUUUGGUGAGUAAAUAGCUGGAAGAAAGAGAGGUGGGGGAUUGAGAGAUAUUUCCAAAUGGCAUUGACACCUACAGGCUUUUAUUUUAUUUUUACCUUUUUGUGGUUUGGCAAAUGUUGUAUAAAAUAAUACAUUUUUGCACCAAAUGCACCUUUUCCUUCUCUGGUUAGUAAAAGGAGCUCAGUUUCAAGGUGCUAAGAAUAAGAACAGGAGCUGGAAAUCAUUAGGCAGGACUGGUGCUUUCAUUAGAUCGAGUGAGGCAGCUGCCACAGGCAGUUGAAUUUGGGUGUGACGUACCUCAUGAUUGUAAUUUUAUAACAUGGGACAAACCAGGCGAUACAAGCAAUUUCCGCACCCAUUUCUCUCUCCAGCAGCUAAUGCAGAAAGCACAAGCACAAUGAACCUGAGAAAAUGAACCUAGGAGGAUGGUAGGAAGAAAGCCAGGUGUUCCCUUGCUGAGACUCAGUGGCCGAGGGUGUUUUGCUAGGCGGGAAUGCUACUCCACAGACAGAGAUGCUGGUUGACUUGAAAGCUCCCCAGCCGUUUCCUCCCGGCUGCUGAGAAACUCCCUUCUGGACCUCAUCCUCUUAUGUAGGUCACAGUCACCAGGAUGCACCUUCUUAAUCCCCAGGGGAAAGGAAUUACAUAGCGCAGGCAGUCCCUGACGCACACAGCAUUGCGCAAGGGCAGGCCUUCCUUGGCCCUUGCAAAUGGCUUACGUUGCUUAGGGUCCUCUCUCUCUUUCUCCCCUUGCAGUGUGAAGCCCCGCUUAGUCCUUCUGGCUGACAGCGAUGCAGAGUCCUCCAGUGCUGGGUCCUCGGACGAGGAAGACAUCCCCAACAUGGAGCCCUCAGGGGUCCCAGGAGAAAGGGGUACCCCUCCUGGGGCUGAAGGGUAAGACCAACUAGAGACAGCACAGAACAACCCCCAACAACCUGUUGCCCUCCAGAUGCUUUGGACGACAACUCCCAUCAGCCCCAGCCAAGCACAGCCAUUUGGGACUACAGCUCCCAUCAGCCCCUGCAGCUAUAGGGCGAAAAUGGGGAGGGGAGAGCUAUGAACCCCACCCAGGGGUGCUGGCUCCUGGGGCCGAGCCCUUUUGGACCCCUCAAAUAUUUUUGGGGUAGGUGCUGGGCACCUCCAAUGUCCAAGAAGUGCAGAGGGAAAACCUGGAGCGUGGUGAGGUUCCACUGGCUGGCUCCUUCUCCUCCUCCUGCCAUGGAGGAGGAGAAGGGUUGAAGCAGCCUCCUGCCAGUGGUGGCACCAGGAGGAGGUGAAGGAGAAGCCACCUGCCAUUGAAGCUGUGUGGCUGCCACACACACACAGCUCCUCCCGAUAUCCUGACGUCACGCGCAUCAAUGUCAUGACGCAACGUCAAUGUCACGCAUGAUGCCACACACGCGGCAUUCCCCCCCCCCCAACACCCUCGCAAGCUGGUGCCUCUGACCCCACCUUGAGCUCCUUGGAAGAAAGGCGGGAUAUUAAUGUCAUAAGCAAAUAAACAAACAAACUCAAAUCUACACUGACCAAAUUGCCACUUUCAGCAACUUUGGGGUCACAUACUCUAUGUUCCAUGACUUGGGCAUAUGUCCCUUGCCCAAGACUCGCCUAUGUUUCGUGGGCCAAGGCUGACCCUGACUUUGUUUUCUCUCAGCCACGUCAGCGGAAACAGCACCAGCCGGAAGAUCCUACGCUUUGUGGACAAGAUUGCCAAGUCCAAGUACUUCCAGAAGGCCACCGAGAACGAGUUUAUUAAGAAGAAGAUAGAGGAGGUCUCCAACACCCCCUUGCUCUUGACGGUGGAGGUCCAAGAGCUGACAGGCACACUGGCUGUGAACAUCCCACCGCCCCCAACUGACCGAAUCUGGUAGGAAGCUAGAAGGCAGAGAGGGGAACAGGCCUCAAAGGGUUUGCUGGGGCCUGUACUGUGUGACCAGACUGGGGCAAAGGGAAGGCAAGUGAGAAACCCUUGUCCAUCUAGCUCAGCAGAGCAGGCUCUCUAACAACAGCAGUCCGGGUAGCCCAGAGAAGUCCACAAGAUGGUGUUGCAGAACUGGGCUGCAUAUAUUCCAGGCUACUUCAGUGCUUCAUCUCUUAGCAAAAAAAUAAUCACUGGUGGGGCGGGGGCAUCCAAGAAUGUAAGGAUGGGCUCAUUGUAAUAGUUGCAGAGGGAAAGGGAGAGUUUACAUGAGUCUUUUCUGCCUCCCUGCUCCAGGUACAGCUUCCGGACUCCACCACAGCUGGAUCUGAAGGUCCGCCCAAAGCUGGGGGAACGAGAGGUCACCUUCAUCCAUGUCACAGAAUGGAUUGAGAAGAAGCUUCAGCAUGAAUUCCAGGUACCUGUCUCCGGAAAUAAGCCAGGUUCCUAAAAUAGGCCCGCUGGGCUCAAAGCAAGGAAUGGAGUCUAAUAAGUCAUUCGUUACCACAAGAUUAUAGAAUCAUAGAAUCAUGAUGGCCACCUGGUUAGCCAACUUUUCUGAAAGCGAUGAGACAGAUUGCUGAAGGAUAGGUCUGGCUAAGGCUGUUUACCAAAACAGCUAUAAGCACAGGAAGCUGCCUUGUACUGAGUCUCAUCAGUGGUCCAUCUAGCUCAGUAUUGUCUACACUGACAGGCAGCAGCUCUCCAGGGUCUCAGACAAGGAGUCCCUCCCUGCCCUACCUGAAGAUGCCAGUGGGACCUGCUGCAUGGAAACAAGAUUCUCUACCACUGAGCUACAGUCCUUCUUUCUUGGGGAAUAGAAAACAGCCUUAGCCCAAGUCAGACCAUCAGUCCUUCUAGCCUAGUAUUGUUUACAAUGACUGGCAGGGACUUUCAAGUGUUUUAUGCAGGGCAUAUUCCCAGCGCUACCUGAAGGUGCUGUGGGGGAUUGAACCUGGGGACUUCUGCAUGCAACACAGGUGUUCUCUUAUCAGUGGGCUUUUACAGUUACCCUGAAUGGAGUCUUCCUGUUGAAUCUGCCAUGUGAUGAAAAAAGCCUGCUGGGGGGAGAUGCUGGUGGUGGUAGCAGAACCAGAAGUGGGUUUUACACAUAGAGUGCACACUCUGUUGUGGCACUGAAAACUUACUGAGCUGAGCAUUCAGAGGCACCUUGUCCCUUACUGUAUUUUUCGCUCUAUAAGAUGCACUUUUCCCCUCCUAAAAAGUAAGGGGAAACGUGUGUGUGUGUCUUAUGGAGUGAAUGCAGGCUGUGCAGCUAUUGCUGAAGCCAGGAGAGCAAGAGGGAUCGGUGCACGCUGAUCCCUCUUGCUCUCCUGGCUUCAGGGAUAGCCACGCAAAGCCUCUUGAGUACAGCUGGAGCACUCCUGCCUCUUCGCUCAAGAGGCUUUGCGUUGCUUUCUUGUUUCUUGUUAUCUCCCCUAAAAACAAGGUGCGUCUUAUGGUCGGGUGCGUCUUAUAGAGCGAAAUACGGUAAUUCUGAGAAGACAGUGUCCCACCCAGCCACUAUUGUGCACCUGGCUGGUGGGUCCUGGGGUUCCAGUAAAAAACCACAGCCAAGCAGAGCCUGCAAACCUGAAGGCUGCCUAUCCUUGGUGUAAUGGCAUCAAGAGGUGGACUAAGCUGUGGCACCCAUUAGAGAGAGGAGAUGGAGCUGCCCUGUUCAGACACAUCAAUGAGUUUCCUGCAAAGCGCAUUUCCACCAUAGGUUGCCUCCAGACUGCUACCGCCUCGCAGGAGGGUUUGAAGCACAUACUGGAGCUCUAGGCUUCCACAUUGAAAGUGGAUCAAAGUGCAACAAAACCACUUUAAAAGCAAACAGACGUAUACUUCUUGUGGUUUUGAAAGUGACAGAGAAAUGCACUGGAGAGCAUGGGUGCUCAGUAAAGUCUGGAUCAAACCUCAGUGUUAGCUUUGUGGAAGUAUAUCAAGAUGAAUGCUCAAUAAACAGACGCUGGAGAGGCACAUAGAGAGCACAGUUCUCAGCAGAUCAUCUCCAUUAUAUAGAUCACUUGGCUGCACCGAGCCUUCUAGAGGCAUUUUUGCUUGCAGAAAACUUGGUGGCAUAUUUCUAACCUGAUUUCUUUUCUCUCCCUCCCACCCCUUCAACCCCUUAGAAAAUUUUAGUGAUGCCAAAUAUGGACGAUCUCAUCUUACCCCUCAUGCAUUCUGGUUUGGAAUCCCAGCUGCCCACAGAAGGACUCCAGAAGGAAUUCCCAAGAGAGGGCACAGCAAAAUUUUGA